UCCAUGGCGGCGGUGGCGGCGGCGAUUGCCGCGGCUCCCGCGCUCUGGCGGCGGUUGCUGGAUUGUUUGCCCCGCGGGAGGACGUCCCUGGCGGCUUUUUUCGGCAGGCUUUCGGGUCGGCUGAGCCGAGGCCGCGAAAGCAGCGCUCGCAGGUCAUCAUGGCUGCUGUUGGCUCCACUACUCACUUCUGCAGUUCCACAACUGACUCUUCCCACCAAUUGCCUUUGCCCUGAGGGAACACAUAUUUUUCAAUGGAUCAGAAACUUGGUUCCAGAAUUUGCUAUUGCUGGCUCCCACAUCAAGGUGCUUUCAUCUCCAGCUGAAUUCUACGAACUUAUGAAGGGACAGGCAAAGAUAGCUAAGCAACGAAUUGUUUUAGCUUCACUAUAUCUUGGAACAGGUUCUUUGGAACAGGAAUUAGUGGAUUGUCUUGAAAUAGCUUUGGAAAGCUCAUUGAAGGGAUGUGGGAGUCCCAAUUUUAGAGUGUCUAUCCUGUUAGACUUCACGAGAGGAUCCCGAGGCCAGAAGAAUUCUCGAACCAUGCUGCUUCCACUCCUGAGGCGAUUUCCAGAUAAGGUCCGUGUCUCUCUCUUCCACACUCCUAAUCUACGCGGUCUUCUCAGACAUCUAAUUCCUGAGCGCUUUAAUGAGACCAUCGGGUUGCAGCAUAUCAAAGUCUAUCUCUUUGAUGAUAAUGUGAUCUUGAGUGGAGCCAACUUAAGUGACUCUUACUUCAGCAAUCGACAAGACCGUUACGUGUUCCUGCAAGACUCACCAGAGAUUGCAGAUUUCUUCACUGAGCUAGUAAAUGCAGUUGGGGAUGUAUCUUUACAGUUACAGCAGGAUGACACAGUCAAAAUUAUAGAUGGGAUGGUCCAUCCUUACAAAGGAGACAAGAUGGCCUAUUAUGAGAUAGCAAAUAAAAAAGUGAUGGAAGUGAUCAAUUCUGCCAGGAUCAGACAAGAGCAAUUUCAGACUCGGACUUUUCAUAGCAACCAUACAGAAGGAGAAAUCUCCAGUGAUACAAAAGCACCUGGUGAUGGACAGUCAGAACCAGACACUUGGAUUUAUCCACUAAUACAGAUGAAGCCAUUUGGGAUUCGGAUAGAUGAGACUGUUACGAAUACUCUCCUCAUGGAAGCAGAGCAGGGUGCCAGCAUAUAUCUCACCACAGGUUAUUUCAACCUCACAAAAACAUAUGUAGAUCUGAUUCUAGGCACCCGGGCAAAAUUCCAGAUUCUACUAGCCUCACCGGAGGUGAAUGGAUUCUUUGGAGCCAAAGGGGUGGCAGGUGCCAUCCCUGCUGCCUACGUUUACAUUGAACAGCAAUUCUUCAGCAAGGUGUGUGGCCUGGGUCAGGAAGGGAGAGUUCAGUUGCAGGAAUAUACAAGGAGUGGAUGGACAUUCCACGCCAAAGGCCUCUGGUUGUACCUAGCAGGAAGCAGCCUGCCCUGCUUAACUUUGAUUGGUUCUCCUAAUUUUGGAUACAGGUCAGUUCAUCGUGACCUGGAAGCACAGAUUGCGAUAGUGACAGAAAACAAAGCCCUACAGCAGCAGUUCCAUCAGGAGCAGGAGCAACUUUACUCCCGUUCUGGUACAGUGUCUUCUUCAACGUUUGAUCAGCCAAGCCGUUACGUCAAGCUGUGGGUGAAGAUGUUGACACCUCUGAUUAAGAACUUCUUCUGAAAUAAGGAGAGACAGAUCCUCUUGGUUGAAAGUCCAGACGUAAGUGGGGCCUCUUGUACGUGUCUUGUACACAGGGCACUCAUACAUGUUCUUGAUAUCCAUGCGAUCCACAGGGAUGGCCUUGAUGAAAAUGACUGGCAUCGAAGGCGUCAGCUCCUUCAGACGUGCAUCAGUGAUGACCCCCGUCUGAGUAUCCCAGCGUGCACCUGCAACAAUAUGGGACAGGACUCUCAACAUCAGUUGUUUUACAGCAAGGCUAUAAAAGAAAGGGAAUUUGCAUGAUUAUCAACCUGCUAACUUUAGCAAUAAGGCUACAUGCUAGACUUUGGCUUGCGCAUGCUUUUGAUGCUAUGCUGGUGGUUUACUCAUAUAUUUUACAGGUAUAUAAGCAAAAUGAAACAAUUGGAUUCAUACCCUGCACUUGGCCUAUAGCAGCUAUUAUUUUAUUGCAGAAAGUUGUACACUCCUACAAGUUCUUUUAACAUAAGUCCCUUUAUGCAUAGCUAAGCAGAAAAAACUAAGUUACCUCGUUUAGCUCAACUUUAAAAAAACAGCUUCUAAAAAAGAAAAAAAAAUGUAUCUUAGACCCAACAUCCCCAAAGUAGAAAGAAUUGUGGAAGCUGUCCUCUUGCUUUUUAACACAGGUGGGUUUGGUAAUGAAAUGGACAUCUGCUGCCCUCUACUGAUAAGAAAUAAAAGAGGCAGCUAUCCAAACGUAUGUCUUGUUUAUCUCUUUGGUUGGUAGUGAUGGUUGUGUCAAAUAUUUAUUUAUCAGAAUGAAUUUGGAGAAUAUUAGUUCUGAUUCUGCUGUGGGUGCAGAUAGUAUUGCUGAACGGCUGAUUUCUAGCAUAAUUUCUAUCAAAUAGUCUUUGUAUAAAUAAGUAUGAAAGUUGGACACUGAAAAAGAAUGAGAGACAAUAGAAAUAUAGUAGUCUUUGAAUGAUAGAUCUGGAGAUGAUAAAUAAGGGUACCACAGACUGCAGUAAUCAUUCAAUAAAACCUGGACCAAAUUAAAACUGACUGCUCUUUUGCAGCCGUGAUUAACAACUAAAGCAAGUGGAUGGACAGAUCAAAGAAAUGACAGGGCUACCCUUGGAAUAGCGAUGAGAUGCACUAGGGGUCAGGCUGAGAUAAUGAAUAUUCAUCCAUGCAGUCCUUAGGUGUCAGGCCUGACUCAAUAGGGACUUAAACUACCAAAGAGGGAAUUUAAUUUCAAGGUUACUCAAAGGUACUGCACUCCUGAUAUAUUGGCUUACAAUCUUCAGUAAUCAUAGCUGUCACUGAACAGUAGUUGAAGAAUCCUACUGUAUUCUUUAAUUUUGGAGAAUGUGAAAUGGCCACCUUCAUGAAUUCUUUUAUUUUUCUUGGUUACAGAAUUGUGUAACAGAUGGUAGAAAAAGUCUGAAAACAACAUUCUGAAAAGAAAUCUCUCAGUAAUUUACCUACUUAGUCUCAAAGUAAAAUCUGAAAAUAGAAGAACCAAGUUCUGUUUCCAAAAUUAUUUUCUUUCUCCUUCUCCUAUCUGUUCAGCAAAUUACUUUAGAAGAAAACACCAACAGCUGUCUGUAAGCUGCACUCAUGCUUGAGCAGGUUUUUGAAAUUGAACUGAGGGUCACACAAAACAAUGUCCCAUAUUUUAUCUACACUACUAGGUGAAUGGGUCUGUACCUUCCAUGAAGAGCCCAUGCACAUAGGAGCCUUCUCGAGGUGGAGCUGUCAUAUCUUCCCGGUUUUUCUUGGUAACUUCCACUGAGAGACACAUUCUGUCAAGAGGCCAUUCAUUCUUCCUAGCCAUGGACUGCAUAAUGGCAGUCAGGAAAGACUGCGGGUUGAAGAAACCUGCUAGCCACACAGUUGUGGGCAGGGCAAAAUCUGUAGUCCAAGCCUCCAGCUCCUGGAAAUGAAAACAGUGAUAAGCAUAGUAAGGACCACACAUACUUCAUAAUGCAGCUUUCAUUCUCCUGUGUAGUCUUUACAAAUACCUACAGCUUGAAUGGGGAAGAUGUAUUAAAUAAAAUUUGCUGAACAAAUUGGAAUAGGCACUUUGAGAUUUGUGUGAUAGCAAAAAUCCAGACAGAGCUGGCUUUUGGUUUUGCUUUGUGUACUAUUAUAUAGCGUUAAGGUAUAGGACACGGGUUUCAAACUCGCAGCCCGCGGGCCAGAUGUGUCACGUGCUGGCCCCACCCCUGCCUGGUUUAGCAAAGGGGGAAAAAGUCCUGAUAUGUCAUGUGACGUCAGGAGUUUGACACCCCUGGUAUAGGAGCUUUGACACUCUUCUAUUUUUAAAAACAUCUUUCGUGAAAGCAAACCUACAAGAUAAUUGGAGCACAAAUUCAUCACAGUGUUGGUGUAGUCUACUGCAAAUUUGUUUCUUCUGUAGUCCUCUGUAAAAAUACUGAGAGGAGGAAAUGGGGACUGGUGUUGGACCUAGCAGAAUUUCUAGAGACAUGUCUAUUGCUGGCCAUUAUGAUAACUUUGGGUAAAACAUUGCAAUAAACUCAUGCUUUUA